AUAAUGUCCAUGCAUAGAAAAUGAAAAAGUAUGUCUGGUGUUUACAUUCAACUUAUAAAAUAAAUAAUUUUGACAAUGAUUUUUAACUAUAUUCUGACAGUAAAUUUAUAUUAGUAUUCUAUAUCCAUUUGUUUCCUGUACUAAUUUUGUUUCUUAAUCUGUUUUUCUUUAGAAUGAUUGAAAUAACUAGAAUGGCCAACAAAUCUGUUGUGAGAGAAUUUCUUCUGAUGGGAUUUUCUGAUGACCGUGACAUACAAGUUUUGCAUUUUGUCAUGUUUCUAAUCAUUUACUUAGUAGCUUUUGCUGGGAAUUUACUCAUUGUCUUUGUUGUGAUCCUGAACUACCAGCUGCAUACUCCCAUGCAUUUCUUUUUGGUUAACCUAUCCUUGACUGAUAUUUGUUACAUCUCAAUCACUGUCCCCAAAUCAAUGGAAGUUUCACUGACAGACAAUAAAAUAAUUACUUUUCCUGGAUGCAUUGCUCAGGUUUUCCUAGUUAUUACUAGUGCAUCUUCUGAGAUCUUCUUGCUUACCCUAAUGGCUUAUGACCGUUACAUAGCUAUCUGCCAUCCUCUGAAAUAUAGCCUCAUCCUGAACUGGAAUACAUGUGAUCAAAUGGCAGUUGCAUCUUGGGUCAGCUCCCUCCUAUAUGCCUUGUUACAAACAGUCAUUGUUUUCCAAUUAAACUUUUGUGGGCCAAACAGAAUUGAACAAUUCUUUUGUGAUAUUCCUCAGUUACAAAACAUUUCUUGUACAGAUACAAAAGUGAACAAAAUUCUGAUUUGGACAUUGGGAAUAACUGUAGGUUCCAUUUCUACUGGAUUGGUUUUUGCUUCUUAUGUCCACAUUAUUUCUGCUGUGCUGAAGAUUCAAUCAACUGAAGGCAGAUGCAAAGCAUUUUCGACUUGUAUUCCACACUUGACAGUUUUUUCUUUAUUCAUCUCUAUGGGUUUGUUUUCAUACAUGAGGCCCAAAUUUCUUUCUUCUCCUAUUAUAGACUUACUUUCUGCUGUUUCAUAUACAGUUGUACCUCCUGUUAUGAAUCCAAUCAUUUAUAGCCUUCGGAACAAGAACCUGCAAGCAGCUGUGUGGAAAUUAACAUCGAAAGCAAACAAACAAAUAAAUCCUAACCUAAUUUGAAUGUCUUCAGUCUGACAAAUAUAAAAUUUCCUUUUGAAAGGAUGAGGGAUCCAUGUCUCUUGUUCUCUUAAAUUAUACUUUAACAUAUAGGUUGGCCUCCCUACAGUAUGUUGCAAAGUAUUUGCAUGCAAUGGAGAGGAGAUGAGAAUUAUAUCGGACAUAAUUCUACACCAGUAACUGGCAACACAAACACUAGAUUGGAUCUCUUGCUCCUAACUGUUUAUUAUUUAUUUUCCUCAGUAAACAAAUGAACAAAUAUAACAUUUUUUUUUAAUAAUUCAAUUUCCUGGUUUUCUUUUUAUCUAGUUUUAUGAUUUGUCUGAAAAAUGGGUCAUAU